GUUUUCCUCUUGGCCCAGCCAGCUACUUUGCAUACUCCACCCAUUUUUCUUCCUCAACACAGGAAUGUUCCUCCCUCACAAUACUAAAAACACACCCAUUGACAUAAACGAGGAGACCCACACGAGCUGCCCAACUGAUUGUACGACCAGAGCUGAGGGUGAGACGGCCAGCUGGAGAUCUUUUUUAUUGUAGACCAUGCAUGGUAAACGACGCGAUAUAGCUUGAGAAAUUAUCUCUCAGACCGAAUCAGUUAUAUCAGUGCUUUUCAACGUAUUUCAACAUACGGAAUAAGCGAAAGACAUAGAGAGACGAAGCCUUUUCAAGUCUGCAAUUCCUUUAACUACCCCCACCGAAUAAGCUGGAUGCAAUUUAUUCAGUUUUUGUAGCAUCGUGGCUUUUCCCAAAGUGGCAUGUUCGAGGACUAAAACGGACCGACUUGAACUCCUACUUUCACACAAAGAGGAUUCAAUGAAAAUGUCCAUCUGCGUCCAUGAAAAUCGCAAGUCCCGGGCAAGCACGGGCUCCAUGAAUAUCUACCUGUUCCACAAGUCAUCCUACGCCGACAGCGUGCUGAUGCACCUGAACGCUCUGCGGCAACAGAGGCUCUUCACCGACGUGCUCCUGCACGCCGGCAACCGCUCCUUCCCCUGUCACCGGGCCGUGCUGGCCGCCUGCAGCCGCUACUUCGAGGCCAUGUUCAGCGGCGGCCUCAUGGAGAGCCAGGCCAGCGAGGUCAACUUCCACGACUCCAUUCACCCCGAGGUGCUGGAGCUGCUGCUGGACUACGCCUACUCCUCCCGGGUCAUCAUCAACGAGGAGAAUGCAGAGUCGCUGCUGGAGGCCGGAGACAUGCUGGAGUUUCAGGACAUCCGGGACGCCUGCGCGGAGUUCCUGGAGAAGAACCUGCACCCCACCAACUGCCUGGGCAUGCUGCUGCUGUCGGACGCCCACCAGUGCGCCAAGCUGUCCGAGCUCUCCUGGGGCAUGUGCCUGAACAACUUCCCCACCAUCUGCAAGACGGAGGACUUUCUGCAGCUGCCCAAAGACAUCCUGGUCCAGCUGCUUUCCCACGAGGAGCUGGAGACCGAGGAUGAGAGGCUGGUCUACGAGUCGGCCCUCAACUGGGUGAACUAUGACCUGGACAGGCGGUACUGCGACCUGCCCGAGCUGCUGCGCACCGUGCGCCUGGCCCUGCUGCCCGCCAUCUUCCUCAUGGAGAACGUCUCCACUGAGGAGCUCAUCAACAAGCAGGCCAAGAGCAAAGAGCUGGUGGACGAGGCCAUCCGCUGCAAGCUGAAGAUCCUGCAGAACGAUGGUGUGGUGAACAGCCUGUGUGCCCGGCCCAGGAAGACCAGCCAUGCCCUCUUCCUGUUGGGAGGCCAGACCUUCAUGUGUGACAAGCUGUACCUGGUCGACCAGAAGGCCAAAGAAAUCAUCCCCAAGGCUGACAUCCCCAGCCCUCGCAAGGAGUUUAGCGCCUGUGCCAUUGGCUGCAAGGUAUACGUCACAGGGGGCCGAGGCUCCGAAAAUGGGGUGUCCAAGGACGUGUGGGUCUAUGACACGCUGCACGAGGAGUGGUCCAAGGCCGCGCCCAUGCUGAUCGCGCGGUUUGGGCACGGCUCGGCUGAGCUCAAGCACUGCCUCUACGUGGUGGGUGGGCACACGGCCGCCACCGGCUGCCUCCCGGCCUCCCCGUCCGUGUCACUCAAGCAAGUGGAGCAGUAUGACCCAGCCACCAACAAGUGGACCAUGGUGGCCACGCUCCGGGAAGGGGUGAGCAACGCGGCAGUGGUCAGUGUCAAGCUCAAGCUCUUCGCCUUCGGGGGCACCAGCGUGAGCCACGACAAGCUGCCCAAAGUGCAGUGCUAUGACCCGCUGGAGAACUGCUGGACUGUGCCAGCCACGUGCCCCCAGCCCUGGCGCUACACGGCCGCAGCCGUCCUCGGCAACCAGAUCUUCGUCAUGGGAGGAGACACUGAGUUCUCUGCAUGCUCUGCCUACAAGUUCAACAGCGAGACUUACCAGUGGACUAAAGUGGGGGACGUCACAGCCAAGCGCAUGAGCUGUCAGGCGGUGGCCUCUGGCAAUAAACUGUAUGUAGUCGGUGGCUACUUUGGUACCCAGCGGUGCAAAACUCUGGACUGCUAUGACCCCACACUGGACACCUGGAAUAGUAUUACCACUGUGCCAUACUCCCUUAUCCCCACUGCCUUCGUUAGCACAUGGAAACAUCUUCCAGCAUAAGCUCCUCUAAGAUUGUCCUGUUGUUGCAACACUUCUACUGGAUUUCAACUGUGAACACGCAUACAUUUAAAGUCCCUGUGCAGUCAAGAAGACUAGGACAAAAAAUACAAUCGAAUAGUUAUACAGCAGGUGCAAAGACAAGGGUAGCUGUAUUUUUAGCAUUACAAGUUACUUGCAAAUUAUAUAAAUGUGAAUUCUAAAGUCCAUUCAUGCUUUAAACAACUGAAAUUGUCAGUUCAGAGGGAUGUAACUGCAUUCCUGAUACUCAUUUUUCGGUCUUCCCACGCACAUCGAAACCUAUUUGUGCCAGAGAAUUCUGCUUAUUAAAUGCCCACAAGGCAGAUAUUAAUGACAAAUGCCACUGGGAUUACGUGAUGCAUUUGGAGCCUGUGUGUUCAGAUGAAUCGCGUGGUAUCUGUGCAGAUGAACGUGCAGUAUCUCGCACUGCUGUCUUUUCAUAUUGCUAUAGGUGUCUGCACAGGGACUUUAGCAUUUAGCAUGAAGGAUGAACGACUGAAGUCAGGGGUGGAGGCCGACGGAAGCUUCUGGAGAACGGCAGUCUACGAUGGAGACCCACCAGCGCACUCCCAUGCUUUGCCCUUCUCCUCGCCGUCCUUGGGCAAGUCCGCAUCACCCUGAACGCAGGCCAGAGCAAACCACGUCUGAGCUAAAGCUGUUAAUCAAGGACACAGUCAUAUUGUCACAAUUUAAUCACCCUGCAAAAUAGAUUUUGGGACUGGGAAAGAUGGGCAUGGUUGCCUGGCUGAGUUUGAGUGGGACCUGCCGGUGUGCGGUGAAACGGAGAACGGCUGAGGUGCCGCCAGCAGCAGCUGUGUGGGGGAAGAAUGGGAUCUUGUCUUGACAGGUUGGCUUGAGUGAAGAUACAGCUGAAGCCCUUUGAGAACAGCCUUUCUGUGGACAUAUGGCCACAGCGGGGAGACGUCGGGAGGCAAAGAGAAGGACCUUUUUCCAAACCAACACUUAAAAAAAACUACUUGUGAAUUUUUGUAUUAAUGCUGAAAUGGAAUGCUUGUCUUAAGACCUGGCUUUAAUGUAUGUACCAGUUUUUAUUUAUAAGAAGAAUCUGUGUAUUUUCACUUUCUUUUAUUUUAUGAACAUGUUUACUUUUUGGGAUGAAACGUUAUUUAUUGUUUCACGGCUCGUAUUCUUCUCAAAGUUCCGCGCUUUGUGUCGUACCAUGCAUGGCCCGCUGAGGUCCGUUCUGACUGGGCUAUUGUUUUGCACAUUUUGAGUUUCUCUGAAGUGGAAACCAUUUUGGGGGGGGGGAGAGGCAGAUGAUGCUAAUCGCUCCCUUCCCCCCUCUCUGCAUGGCAUGUGACUGCAGUGACGGGUCGGUCACAGGUUGUGCGGGCGUCUCGGGAGUGUAUGUGGUCAGAUAACCCAGAGCGUAACCACCAGCUCAGCGGGUUUCCAGGUUGUGGAGUGGGUGUUGAUGAGAAAUUGACUGGAUCGGAAUGAAUUCUAGAUUGGGGUCUGGCCUCCAUGGGUAAGUGCUUACCCAAAUAUCAUGUCAUUAUAUUCAUCUAAUAUUACCAUCUGUGCCAAAACGAAUCUGACCCCGAUCCCGGUGUGGUAGCUAUAAAGCAAAAACUAAAUUGAAAUUUUACAGUACAAAAUACAAAAAAUGUCUGAUAUAAAAUGGCCGGCACUGUUCUUACGGCUGGGAUCAAAAGUGCCGACUCCGGAAAAAGGCUGUAUCCAUUUUUAACAGCAGGAAUGUAAAGAAGCAGAUGUCUGCAUAAACAGCUGUGAUGUGUUAUGGCUGUGUAUGCUGGAGUGUCACUAUAGUUUAAAAUGAGUCAUAUACGCUAUAGUUGCUUGCGUGACAGUGAACAUGGUUCUUCCCCUGUUUAAUCUGACUACAGUUUAUAAUUUAUGGUGGAUAUACCAUUAAUCUUCAGCACAGUAUUUCAUUGAUUUACUGAACAGUCCAUCAUUUAAAAAAAAUAAAAAAUAAAAAAAAAAGAUUCUAAGAAAAUAUUGGGAAAAUGCUGCAUAUGUGUAGCAUGGUUUUGUGCAAAUUAUAUUUAUGGAUGGACAGGCAAAAUGGAAACUUUCAGCAACACAGGAAACCUCAGUUAGGUGAGGCUGAAAUGUUCAUGCUUAGUGUAAUGUAACCGACUAUGACAUUACCUAAUAUAAUGGUUCAAACGAGACCAACAUAUUGCUAAUAAUUCUCAUGGAGCUUACCCCAUCAGGGACUGCCUUGUGGAAUUGAUGGGGAUAUUCUGGCAAACUGCUCCGCCAUUCCAAAUCUCCACACUUCCCUAGUUUUGACCCCGAAGAGCCAUUCACAGCAUACUGCACUUCAAAUCCUCAUCAUCAGAUAAGAAGGUUCUCCCAUUGAGGCCCAUGGUUGCCAUAGUAACAGUCAACAAUGAGCCCCCCCCACACGCACUUUUUUUCCUGCAUAAUUGCUGGGGGUCAGACACCUGCUUGUAUAAGACCAAUUGGAGAUGCUCUUUUUCUGGCUGACGCUCUGAAUAUGUUUGCAACAAAUGUAAAAUUCACAAAAAAAGGAGAUGUAACGGUUCAAUGUCAGUUUUACUUUUGCUCUGAUUUUUUGGACUACUGCAGUUUGACAUUACUUUGUACAAGUGAUUUUUUUUCACAAUGUGAAAUUCAUGGCUAAUAAAGAUCAAAGAGUUUUUCUCUUUACUGUAAA